AUGAAAAAGACAUUAAAUGAAAAAGUUGAUGAAGCAUUACUCUUGUGGUUUAAUCAAAUUCGGAGCAAAGGCAUUCCAUUAUCUGGUCAAAUAUUGAAAGAAAAGGCAUUAUUUUUUAAUGAAAAACUAGGAGGUCUGAAGGAUUUCAAAGCUAGCUCAGGUUGGUUGUAUGGCUGGCAAAAUCGACAUGGCGUGAAGGAAGUUUCGAUACAAGGUGAAAAGAUGAGCUCCAUAGGUGCCAACGAAAUCGACAAAUGCACAAAAAAUUUCAAAAUGUUCGUCGAAAAUCAUGGUUUUACCCGUGAGCAAGUUUUCAAUGCUGAUGAAACGGGUCUGAACUAUAAAGCACUCCCAAAAAAGACACUCGAUUUUUGUGUGAAUAGCUAUGCACCUGGAUGGAAAAUGCAAAAGCAACGAAUAACAUUGAUGGACCUCGUUGCGCAAGAGAAUAUUGAUUUGGCAGAUUAUUGGAAUAAUUACAACAUUAAAAACGCAAUUGAUAAUGUAGCUGAUUCAUGGUCUGAGUUAUCGUCGACAACAUUGGAAAAAUGUUGGAACAAACUAUGGCCAAAUACAGAAUCGCCUUCGAAUAACAGUGACGAUGUCUCACAGGCUGAUGUUGUGACUAGUACAUCUUCUACUUUGCCAUUGGAAAAUAGUGAAACGAUCAAUGAAUGGUUGAAUUGUGACGAAAAUGAUUGUGGUUAUGAGCUUUUGACUGACGAACAAAUAAUUAAUGAAGUGAAUGAUGAAGAAGAAAAUAAUGAUGAUUACGAUGGAACAAAUAACAAUAAUGAAAAUGGUCACAAUCCCACUGCUUCAUUUCUAAAACAAGAAGCCAAAAUUGCUACAUCAAAUUUAGAGAAAUUUAUCGCUUGGUAUGAAAUGCAAGAUGAAGCCGGCGUGGCUGACACGAUUCGUUUGCGCCAAUUUCUUCUUUUCGCAAAGAAUAAAACUCAAGUCACUCUAAAGGAAAGGACACUAACUGAAUUCUUUUUAAAAACAAACUAA